GGAAACAUGGCGCAGCGGAAGUGGAAAUGUGCUGGCUAAAGUAAAGUGGGAUUUGCAGGAUUGUCGGUUUCCAUUGUUUAUAGUCGAGUACUAAUUGAACUCUGCGGAGUGAUGAUGGUGAUGCGUAGUCGGUUACUCGUCUGAUCGAUGUCUGGCCGUAAUGAAGUCGUGGAAACUCGCACUUCUCGUUCUUUCCGUCGUGUCCCUCGGCUCCAUUAUUUUCAUGGGAUACUUUUGUUUUGAUAACAAAUGUGCUCUCACGGGCAGAACCGCGGCACCCGUCUAUAAAAGCGACCUCGAUGCGUAUUUGGCAGGAAGUAACAACAAGCACACUUUUCCAGAACACCACGUCGAUAAAGAUUACGACCUGCACUUUGAGGAGGAAGAUGUUAUUGUUUUCCUUCAUAUCCAGAAGACUGGGGGGUCGACCUUUGGGAAACAUUUGGUGAAUUUGGACACCGACCCCCCAUGUGUCUGUUACAAACGGCAGGGUCCAUCGAGAAAGAGGCAUUGUGACUGUAUAACACGGAAAAGAAGGAUUUGGUUAUUUAGUCGCUUUACUACGGGUUGGCCAUGUGGCGUGCAUGCCGAUUGGACAGAGCUGACAGCCUGUAUAUCCAGCAUAAUGGACAAAAAGGAACACAUGAAAAGAAAGAGAAGGUAUUAUUACGUGACCAUCUUGCGGGAUCCGAUAAAGCGUUACGUCAGUGAAUAUAUGCAUGUACGUCGAGGUGCCACCUGGAAAACUGCCCACCUCAUGUGCAAUGGAAGGGAGGCAACUCUGGAAGAGGUGCCAGUGUGUUACGAAGAUGUUGAUUGGUCGGAUGUGUCUCUAGAUGAGUUCCUGGAGUGUCCGUACAACUUGGCCCACGACCGCCAGACCAGGAUGUUGGCCAAUCUUAGCGUCGUUAAUUGUUACAACACCACCGGCAUGGAUAAGAAAGUGAGAGAUGAGAAAAUGCUGGAAAGUGCUAAAGCAAACCUCUUGGAUAUGGCGUUUUUUGGUUUGACCGAGUAUCAAAAAGACACACAGUUUUUAUUCGAACACACUUUCAAUCUGAAGUUUAUGGGCAACUUUCUCCAGUAUAACAGCACUUCCAGCAAGAGGGCGAGAAUUUCUGAGCGACAAAAAAAACAACUUAUCGAGAGGAACACUAAUGACAUUCUCCUUUACCAGUUCGCUAAGGAUCUAUUUAUCCAGCGAGUUAAGAAGGCUCGUGAAGAGACUUCCGCAUUGGAUCAACCGACAGUAGUGUCUGUUGACAAUGGUGGUGGUGAUUUUGAAGAUGUGGACAAUGCUAAAGACAAUUGGAAAAAUUAUAAACAUUUUCAACGGAACCAAGAUACCGAUAACACUGGUCAUUUUUCACAUCAGACAAAGAGAUAAAUUGCAGAAGCUUUAAGCUUGAACGUGUUUAAGAGCUGUGCCCAAUUGUGGUCAUUUUCAUGAGAGUACAAACUGUAGUCGUGUAGUACUUCCACCAACCCUCUUAAAAACUACCAUACAUCAAAAAUGUUGAUUUUGAAAGGAUACUUUUUUAUCAAUUUUUAUAAAAUUUAUUUGAAGCAUAUACUGGCAUUGAUACACAUCCCCCAUCAUACAGCUUCUACAGUUUGUUUCAGAAUGUAGAUAUUUGUGAACAGCCUGUUUUUUUUGUUGUUUUUUUAUUUUUAUUUUAUAAAGAUACCAGUUGUCAAGGAUGUGUUUUGCUGAGAGUGAGGAGGCAGGUCACUUUUAUUUUAAUAUAAUUUUCAUACUUGAAUCCAGUUAACACCACCAUAAAAUAAAUCCUAUGUUUUUAGCCCCACCGGCCCCAGGAUAAAGGCCCACCCCUGUAUUUUUUUAAUUUUGGAAAAAAAAUUUCUCGAUGUGAUGCAUUUUCAAUCUCCUGAAAAAUAAAGUAAAAAAUUAAAUUCCGCCCCCAUUUAAAAAAAAUAUGUGAUGAAAAUCUAGUGUUUGUUUUAAUUAAUAUUAUGACUUAUGGUUCAAGCAAAUUGUUCUGGGCACAGAUCUCUGCUAUCUGGGCCAUCUGUCCUAGGUAGGAGUUGAUCGUCGGUGACGGCCAAGUUGGUGUGUUGAAAGUCGCCUCCCCAUUGCACCAUUAAAACUUGUUAUGGAUGGGAGCCAGCAUCAAAACUCUGUACCUACUAGCUUAAACUAUCUGCUUGCUGCUAAAUGCUAAAAUCAGGGAAAACCGAUAACUACUCUAGUCCCUUUCACUGGCAAAAUCAUUUUAUGUUUCAAUGAUUUUAAUUCUUACCUUAGUAUGGUAGUGUAAUGACACUGGUUAAAAAAAUUAUUGGCUUGAAAUAAUGAGGUUCAUUCAGCAGGGGUGCACAGAUGGAAAAUAUUUCACUAGCCCACCACACCAGAACUAACUAAAAUGUACUAGCCCGUGGGAAUUUUUACUAGUCUGCCAGUCUAUUAUAUUUGAUUGUUUAACAGUAUUAUAAUAUACAGUGUCUUCACUUCAAGUGAUAUAUAUAGAUUUAUUGACAAAACCAUUAUUAAGGACACUUGGUAAGUGAUCAACAUCACAUGGCAAAUGAAAUCAAGCCCCAAACCUUGAUUGACAAAUCAAUGAAUUUAGAAUUAUUCUGGUAAAGACUAUUUUUUUCACAUUUCUUUCAUAUAGAUUAAAAAAAAAUUCAAGUGAAUUCUGGUAUGGCUGAUGUGGAUUCGAUGCAAUUUUUUUUAAAAUCCAGUCAGAACAGUGUUGUAUGUGUGUGUGUGUAUAUAUAUAUAUAUAU